UUUCAGGUAGCCUUCUCUGCUAAGAACUUAAAUCGACAUCCAUGGAAGAGAGGAAUUUCAUUCCUGUAAAACGUAGGACCAAAAGUUGUAAAAAAAGGCAACAACAACAAGUAGAACCUCAUAGACUAAAAUCCACUUCACAUUCUUCUGCUUCUACUUCAACUCAAACUGAUCCUUUAUCCAUGAUUAAGACGGUGCAGUUGGAUAGGAAAAAGAUGAUUCCUAAAAAGCCUAGAAGUGUUAAAUCUAAGGCGAAGCAAGUGAAAUCUAAUCAUCCGAGGAAGGCUGAGAGCAUUAAACGUAAGGGGUCAAAGAGGACAAGGAUUAAUGACCUUUAUGAUGAUGUUGAAGCUAAAUAUUCUGUUAUGGAGCGAGCAGAAAAGGUUUUAUCAAGCCUACCAGAUGAAUUUCCCAGCUUUGCAAAGUGUAUGCUCCCUUCGAAUGUUGCUCAUGGAUUUUGGCUGCAUCUUCCAAAGUCAUUCUGCAACAUGCAUUUACCUAGUUCUGAUACCACAGUCAUUUUGGUUGAUGAAUGGGGCAAUGAGUACAAGACAAGUUAUCUUCUAGAAAGGAAUGGUUUAAGUGCUGGUUGGAGAGGAUUUUCCAUCUCUCACAGACUACUUAAAGGAGAUCUUUUGAUUUUUCGCUUGAUUGAACCUUGCAAAAUGAAGGUCUAUAUAGUCAGAGUAAAUGGUCAAGAAGUGGUAGAUGCAGCUCUUUGCCUCAUGAAUUGGGAAACUCUGAACACAUCACUUGAUCUUGUACGGAAAGAUAAUAGGAAGCGAAAGAAAGCAAAGCAUUUGGCAGAGCCUUUUUUCGUUGAUUUAUCUAAACCAAAAGAGCAUGUUCAAAAUGACAGCCAUUGUGCUGUUGAUUUAAAUGUUUCACCUUCAGAGCAUCGAUCUGAAAAUAACAGUGAAGAUUUGGAUUCCGAGGUUCUAGAAGGUUCAGAUGUGACCAACCGCUUGCAAUCUAAUGAAAUAUGCUGCUCCGAAACAUCAUUUUUACAUGAUAGCCCUCACAAGAGCAUAGCUUGUAGGUAGAGAUGGCGGAGGACUCUGACCAUUCGUUUGAACUAACAAGUUCUAUCAUGAGAAGCUGUGAAGAAUUACAACAAAGAACAACUUAUAGUUACCUCAGAAGUAAAGAGAACAAAAGUUUUUGAUGAAUAUAUAUAUGACAAAGGGCUGGAAUGAAGCAGAAGUGAAGAUCUUUUUUGGAUGUAUAAUGCUUUUGUGCUUCUAAAAAUUAUACUACUUAAUACCUUGUCCUAUAGGUUUGAAAGAUGUAAUUUUGAGAUGAUAGUGUAUGAUAUGUACACUUUUCAUAUUUGUACAUAGACGCACACAGGAAAUGUAGUUUGCAUAUCUGCACAACUGUACUAAUCAAUGAAUUUCUUUUAUUCAUUUGAAAUUU